AUGUUGUACAAGACUAUCAUUUCCACCGCCUUGUUGGCUCAAGCUUUGGCUGCUCCAUUGGCCAUUAACCAACAACAACAUCAACACCACAAACACAACGAAGAAAAGAGAGCCGUUCACGUUGUUACUCAAACCAAUGUUGUUGUUGUCACUUUGGGUGCUGGUGAAGCCACCACCACUUUUACUCCAGCCUCUGUUGAAACUGCUCAAUCACCAGCUAGCCAAGUCACUGAUGCUCCUCAAAACCAACCAGCCUCCACUGCUGCAAAUGCUGAUACUUCUGUUGCUGCAUCUUCUGCUUCUUCAGCUAGUGGCUCUUCUUCUUCAUCAUCUUCUGACUCAGGUUCUUCAUCUGGUGUCGGUUCCGGUGGUGCCAAGGGUGUCACUUACACUCCUUACGCCGACAAUGGUAACUGUAAGACUUCAUCGCAAAUUGCUUCCGAAGUUUCUCAAUUGAAGGGGUUCGAUGUCAUUAGAUUGUACGGCGUUGACUGUGACCAAGUCGCUCAAGUCUUGCAAGCCAAGACCUCAUCCCAAAAGGUUUUCGCUGGUAUCUACGAUGUUUCAUCCAUCUCUUCUGGUGUCCAAGCUAUUGCUGAUGCAGUCAAGGCUCAUGGUUCAUGGGACGACAUCCACACCGUCUCAGUCGGUAACGAAUUGGUCAACUCUGGUCAAGCCAACCCAUCCCAAAUCAAAUCCUACGUUGACCAAGCCAAAUCAUCUUUGCAAUCCGCCGGUUACUCUGGCCCAGUUGUCUCUGUUGAUACUUUUAUCGCUGUCAUCAACAACCCAGACUUGUGUGACUACUCUGACUACAUUGCCGUCAACGCUCACUGUUUCUUUGACGGUGGCUACUCCGCUGACCAAGCUGGUCAAUGGGUCUUGUCUCAAAUCCAAAGAGUCUCAACCGCUUGCGGAAACAAGAAGAAUGUCUUGAUCACCGAAACCGGCUGGCCAUCAAAAGGUGAAUCCAACAACAAGGCUGUCCCAUCUAAAGAAAACCAACAAUCUGCUAUCCAAUCCAUUAAGGACACUUGUGGAUCUGCUUCUAUUUUGUUUACUGCUUUCAACGAUUUGUGGAAGGCUGAUGGUGCUUACAAUGCUGAAAAAUGGUGGGGAUUCUUGUCAAACUAA